CAUAAUUAGAAAAUUAAAAUAAGAUUUAGAAUAGAAAUCAAUAGAAUUCGAAUAAAUGACUAUGAGAUUGAAUUAAAAUGAUCUAGGUUUUCUAUUGAUGAAAUUGCAAAAAAUGAAGCAGAAGAACCUUACAGAAUUGAAAUAUUAUAAAAAGAGCAAUUAAUUGAAGAAUUAAAAAGACUUAUUAUAUGAAUUAAAUCUUCCAAAAGAUAACUAAGCAAGAAUUGAAGAAAGGGCAAAAGAAGUUGAUGUUAGCGAGAAAAAAGUAAUUGAAAAAAUGUAAAAUUGAAUAAAUUAUAAAGAGAAUUUGAUUGAAAGAAACCACCUGAAGAAUUGAUGUAUGAUAAUAAGAAAAUAAAACAAAAUAUAAGCAAGCAAAG